CGGUCGUCUGAAUGCCUCUGUUAGGACGUGCAGGAAUCCAGCUUCCUCUGCGGCCGCCUCCGGGAUCAGCCCUGCUAGCAGGAUGGACUGUUGAAAUAGGGAAGAAAUCACAGACCUGGUCAUACAACCCAGCUGGCCUGCUCUCUGCUUUAUUUAUCUACUACUGGUUAGUUGAAUUGAACUUUUAAUAACCUGCCAGCUGCUCUUCAGACACACAUGGUGCAUUGUUGUCAUUCCCAGAAUCGUAUCUUUGAAAUCCAGGCCCUCGGUAACCUUUCUCGAACAAAGAGGCGACCUAGAGGAUACAUCUGCAGCAGGACGUUUUGAAACCUGCUGCCCUCUAGCUUUCUUGGCCGGUGCUGUUUUUCUAGCACAUCAUGGAGCCCACAAUGGAGUAUUGCUUGGCGCAGGUUCUACAGAAAGAUGUUGGGAAGAGACUUCAAGUUGGCCAAGAACUGAUAGAAUAUUUCUCAGAUAAACAAAAAUCUGCCGACCUCGAACACGACCAGACCAUGCUGGAUAAAAUGUUUGACGGUCUUGCUACUUCGUGGGUCAAUUCCAGCAAUUAUAAGGUGGUCCUGCUGGGUUUGGACAUCUUAUCUGCGCUGGUGUCACGACUUCAAGAAAGGUUUAAAGCCCAGAUUGGCACAGUGCUACCCAGUUUAAUUGACAGACUGGGAGAUGCAAAGGAUUUGGUGCGAGAACAGGAUCAGGCGCUGUUGCUAAAAAUCAUGGAGCAAGCUGCUACCCCUCAGUACGUAUGGGACAGGAUAUUGGGAGGAUUCAAACACAAGAAUUUCCGGACGAGAGAAGGGAUUUGCCUCUGCCUUAUUGCAACACUCAAUGCAUCUGGAGCUCAGAGUUUAACACUGAGCAAGAUUGUGCCACAUAUAUGUAACUUACUUGGAGAUCCAAAUAGCCAGGUGCGUGAUGCAGCAAUCAAUAGCCUAGUAGAAAUCUAUAGACACGUAGGAGAACGUGUAAGGGCUGAUCUCAGCAAAAAAGGAUUGCCCCAAUCUCGGCUGAACAUAAUUUUCACAAAAUUUGAUGAGGUCCAGAAAUCAGGAACCAUGAUCCAGGGAUCAGGUGAUAAAAACUUUGAUGAUGAUGACUCUGUGGAUGGGAACAGACCUUCUUCAGCCAGCUCCUCUGCAUCUUCAAAGGCUCCUUUGACCUCUCGAAAAAGUGGGAUGGGAACUGCUCGCAGAGCUGGAACAGUGGCCCUGGUCUCAAAAACCCCAGUGACUAAAGAAGGAGCUGGUGCUGUUGAUGAAGAGGAUUUUAUUAAAUCUUUUGAUGAUGUCCCCAGUGUUCAGAUUUAUUCCAGUCGAGACCUUGAGGAAUCCAUCAACAAAAUCAGAGAAAUCCUGUCAGAUGAUAAACAUGAUUGGGAACAGAGAGUAGCUGCACUGAAAAAGAUCCGUUCUCUGUUGCUGGCUGGAGCAGCUGAAUAUGAUACCUUCUUCCAACACCUGCGCUUGCUUGACGGAGCAUUUAAAUUAUCUGCAAAAGACUUACGGUCCCAGGUAGUGCGAGAGGCUUGUAUCACAUUGGGACAUCUGUCUUCCAUCUUGGGUAACAAGUUUGACCAUGGGGCAGAAGCCAUCAUGCCAACGAUCUUUAAUCUCAUUCCCAACAGUGCCAAAGUCAUGGCGACCUCCGGUGUAGUAGCUGUUAGAUUGAUUAUCCGACAUACGCACAUCCCUCGACUAAUCCCUAUCAUCACUAGUAAUUGUACCUCCAAGUCUGUUGCAGUUAGAAGACGCUGUUUUGAAUUUUUAGAUUUACUUUUACAGGAAUGGCAAACACACUCACUAGAAAGGCACAUAUCAGUAUUGGCAGAAACAAUAAAAAAGGGAAUCCACGAUGCUGACUCUGAAGCUCGGAUAAAAGCCAGAAAGUGUUACUGGGGCUUCCACAACCAUUUUGGUCGAGAAGCAGAACAUUUGUAUAAUUCAUUGGAAUCUUCUUACCAGAAGGCGCUGCAGUCUCACUUGAAGAAUUCUGAUAGCAUAGUGUCCUUGCCCCAAUCAGAUCGUUCCUCUUCUAGCUCCCAGGAGAGUCUCAACCGUCCACUUUCUGCCAAAAGAAGUCCAACCGGAGGUACUACUUCACGAGAAGCUACAUCAGAACAACAGUGUGAGUUAGAUCAAAAUAAAGGGUUGAGUGGAGCUUCGACUGUAAGUGCAAAAUCAGUGUCGACUUCAGGGUCUCUGCAACGUUCCUGUAGCGACAUCGAUGUGAAUGCAGCAGCCAGUGCCAAAUCUAAAAUAACCUCUUCUGGAUCAGAUGCCCCCUUUAGCUCUGCUGCAACCCUGCCUCCGGGCUCCUACGCAUCACUAGAUGGUACUACCAGUAAACCUGAUGGCCGGAUCCGUACAAGAAGGCAAAGCUCUGGAAGCGCCACAAGCAUUACCUCAACACCUGCUGACACUCGAGGCCGCAGCCGAGCUAAAGUAGUUUCACAGUCCCAACGAUCCAGAUCAGCUAACCCUGCCGGUGCUGGAAGUAGAUCCAGUUCCCCUGGCAAACUCUUGGGAAGCGCAUAUGGCGGACUGAGCAGUGGAACGGCCAGGGGACACCCGGUGCCGUCGCCUUCUGACAAGCGCAGCAAAGUCCCAAGAAGUCAGGGCUGCAGCCGAGAGACAAGCCCAAAUAGGAUAGGUCUAGCACGGAGCAGCCGUAUCCCCCGACCCAGCGUGAGUCAGGGGUGCAGCCGCGAUACCAGCCGUGAGAGCAGCCGAGAUACAAGCCCUGCUCGGGGCUUCCCUCCACUUGCCUCUCGACGUCAUUCCAGGUCCACUAGUGCUCUCUCCACUGCUGAUUCUGUUGGGCAGUCAGACCGGUUUGGCCUUGGACAGCCGGGCAGGUUGCCUGCCUCUAUGAAUGCAAUGCGAGUCCUCAGCACAAGCACGGAUCUGGAGACUGCUGUAGCUGAUGCACUGCUGUUAGGAGACUCCAGGAACAAGAAAAAGCCAGUGAGACGAAGAUAUGAGCCAUAUGGGAUGUAUUCUGAUGAUGAUGCAAACAGUGAUGCGUCAAGUGCUUGCUCAGAACGCUCCUAUGGGUCCAGAAAUGGAGGCAUCCCACACUACCUGCGACAGACGGAGGACGUGGCUGAGGUCUUGAACCACUGUGCUAGCUCCAACUGGUCUGAGAGAAAAGAGGGGCUAAUAGGUCUACAGAACUUACUGAAGAGCCAGAGGACACUGAGCCGGGUCGAGUUGAAGAGGCUAUGUGAAAUCUUCACACGCAUGUUUGCGGACCCUCACAGCAAGGUUUUCAGCAUGUUUCUUGAAACUCUGGUAGACUUCAUAAUCAUUCACAAGGAUGAUUUGCAAGAUUGGCUUUUUGUCCUCCUGACGCAGUUACUUAAGAAGAUGGGCGCUGACUUGCUGGGAUCAGUACAGGCAAAAGUGCAGAAAGCUCUGGAUGUAACAAGGGAUUCUUUUCCGUUUGAUCAACAGUUUAAUAUCCUGAUGAGGUUUAUUGUAGAUCAAACCCAAACGCCAAAUCUUAAGGUAAAAGUGGCAAUCCUCAAGUACAUUGAAUCUUUGGCCAGACAGAUGGACCCAAAUGAUUUUGUGAACUCCAGCGAGGCAAAACUUGCUGUUUCUAGGAUUAUCACUUGGACAACAGAACCAAAGAGCUCAGAUGUGAGAAAGACCAUGCAUAGUUGGGUAGGUGAGGAUAUGCCAGCUAGACCAACAGCAGCAUCGUCAGGUCCUGGCGAAGGAAACUUGGAAGAGAAGUGUAAACAGGCAGCACAGAUAGUCCUGAUUUCUCUGUUUGAACUGAAUACGCCCGAGUUUACCAUGUUACUUGGUGCCUUGCCAAAAACAUUCCAGGACGGUGCUACCAGGCUACUACACAACCACCUCAAGAAUUCCAGUAACACUAGUGUGGGUUCUCCUAGCAAUACAGUGGGUCGGACUUCUUCGCGGCACCCGAGCAGCAGAACCAGUCCCUUAACUUCACCUACCAACUGUUCUCAUGGAGGACUGUCUCCAAGUCGUUUCUGGGGCUGGAGUGCAGACGGGCUGUCGAAGCACCCCCCUCCCCUUUUUCAGCCUAACUCCAUCCCCGCUGCUCCUCCUCACAAGACUUUCAGGCGCUCUUACUCUCCCAGCGUGCUGGAUUAUGAUACGGAGAACCUAAAUUCUGAUGAGAUCUACAGCUCUCUUCGUGGAGUUACAGAGGCAAUCGAAAAGUUUAGUUUCCGCAGUCAAGAAGAUCUAAAUGAACCAAUCAAACGUGAUGGGAAAAAGGACAAUGAUAUUGUUUCUAGAGAGAGUGGGAUAGCCUCAACAGCCAUUGAUGUCCGUGGAAGCAGUGAUGUAGUGGAAGGGGGAAGGAUGGCUUUGGACAACAAAACUUCUUUACUCAACACCCAACACCCACGUGCCUUUUCAGGACCACGAACUCGAGAGUAUAACCCCUACCCGUACUCUGACACUAUCAGCGCCUUCGACAAGAGCGCUCUUAAGGAAGCUGUGUUUGAUGAUGAUAUUGAUCAGCUUCGGGAUGUGCCCAUUGAUCAUUCAGAUUUGGUGGCUGAUCUUUUAAAAGAGCUCUCCAAUCACAAUGAACGGGUGGAAGAACGGAAAGGAGCUCUUCUCGAGUUACUAAAGAUCACAAGGGAAGAUAACCUGGGAGUCUGGGAAGAACAUUUCAAGACCAUUUUGCUUUUACUACUUGAAACACUUGGAGACAAAGACCAUUCGAUAAGAGCCCUGGCACUGAGAGUGCUGCGAGAAAUCUUGAGGAACCAGCCUGCGAGAUUUAAGAACUAUGCGGAAUUGACCAUUAUGAAGACUUUGGAAGCACAUAAAGAUUCUCACAAAGAGGUUGUUAGAGCUGCCGAGGAAGCCGCCUCCACCCUAGCGAGCUCCAUCCACCCCGAACAGUGCAUCAAAGUACUGUGUCCCAUCAUUCAAACUGCUGACUACCCAAUUAACCUGGCUGCUAUUAAAAUGCAGACGAAAGUUAUCGAGAGAAUCUCAAAGGAGUCUUUGCACCAGCUCCUUCAAGACAUCAUCCCUGGGUUGUUGCAGGGCUAUGACAAUACAGAAAGCAGCGUUCGGAAAGCCAGUGUAUUUUGCCUCGUAGCAAUUUAUUCAGUUAUUGGUGAAGAACUGAAGCCUCACCUUGCACAGCUCACCGGGAGCAAGAUGAAGCUCCUCAACUUGUACAUAAAGAGGGCCCAAACUACCAACAGCAACAGCAGCUCGUCUUCAGAUGUUUCCACGCACAGUUAAUGGAGAUCUUUGGACAUAAUUGUAGACAUAGAAGCAAUCAGCUGUGCCUCUCAGAAACCCUCCCCUCAUCAGCGCGCUCCAUCUGCUGACAGAGGCCAUGCAGAUAUUUGUUGCAAUCAGUAUUUUUGGUCCUUUAAGGCUUUUUAUUGUAGGAUAUUCUUGGUAUUGAAUGUAAAGGAAGCAAGGCCUGCGUUGCAGUCUUCACACAAAACUGCAGUAGAAAGCCAUAUGCAAGUAUUGCAGUUUACCCACUUGCAUUUCUGAAUCCUGGUAGAUUUCUGUAGUUACGCAGUUCUUUGAAGCUUGAAUCAUUGAUAAUAGAAUUUGCUUUACGUCUGGAUUUUUACUUGUCUUCAUGAUUUGCGUUUGGUUUCAGCCUACAUUUUUGAGUAGUUUCUCCAGUUCUCCCAGUUUCUAUGAUGCGUUACGGUUUUUAAAUGGGUUGAAAAUUGGAAUGAUCUGGCUGUUCUGCAGAGAAACCUGUGCAGAUGACAGGAUCAACCAGGCUUUAAAAAAAAAUAAUAAUACCAGCAUUUGAUGGACCUAGGUCAGGAGUUUCAGCAAAUCUGUAACGGUGCUGCCAUUAAGAGGCAGACGCAGAUCUAUUGUAAUUAUAGCUAUUUUAAGACCUGCCUCUGUGUAAAUCCUUCAUUACUUGCUUCCCCUCCCCAUGCAUUUCAGCAUUUUCAUUUCAAUUUUGUUUGUUCUAUACAGCACGAUUUGCUUUUGUUUUAGGCGAUAAGUUUUCCCAUUUGAAGGAAAACUUACGUUAUUUUGCCUGAAAUCCGCUGCCAUGCAUUCUUUUUAAAAUAAUGUUUGUUGUAUACAUUUCUAUGAUUCUUGAUGUGUUUUUCAAAGUUUUUAUUGCCUUGUCUUGCAACCGGUAAGGAACUGCCCCUCUACAUAUUUAACAUUUUUUUAGAUGACUAUAAUAUAUUUUAUCUAUAGAGAACGACACAUGUUUUCAUGCUCUGUUCGGAUUUUUUUUGAAAACAUCUCUAUUCAGUUAUGGUGUUCACCAAGAACUGAAUUUCUUCCUUUUGUGAACUCUUGUUCCCAUGCACUGAGAGUAGAUGCACUGUAAUGUAUGUAAACUGCCGGAGCAGCCGCAGGAUUACACUCAAGAGGAACUGACAGCCCAUCUUUUAGUAAAUAAAUGUCAAAUUGCUUCAAA